AUGAUCUUGCUCGGCACGGAAAACAUCAUCAUCCGCGAUGUCUUGACAGAAAAGUUCGACAAACCCGCCUCGGUCGACCAGACUUUCACAGACUUUGACGGUGUAGCAUACCAUCUUGAGUCAACCAGCAAGGCAGGGCCACUCACGCUUUCGAUGGACAUUCGAUGUUGGUCCGAACUUGUACAGGCUGGUGCAAUGGAAGUGCUCAAGCGCGAAUACAACUCAUGGAUUCGAGACGCAGUGGAGCCGGAGUACAGUGUAACGCUCGAAUUCGACUAUGCCAAAGUGCCAGCUGCGGGACCGGAACGUGAUGCGCUCAUCGCCAGCGUCUCGCUACUCAAGCGCAAUGCUAUGGCAGCACCUUUUGAGCGAGCAUUUGCGAUGCAGAAGCAGCUUGAACAGGAGGCGGAAAGCAAUGUGCCUAGCACGGGCACUGAAAUCAUGCCCAUCAACUACCGUGAUGACGAGGCGAUCUACGUGAUCCCGUCUGCGGAUCGUGUCACAGUGGUAUUCACCACGACGUUCAAGGAGGAGACGGACAAGGUACUUGGCAAAGUGUUCUUGCAAGAGUUCGUGGACGCACGUCGACAACCCUCGAUCCAGAAUGCACCACAGGUAUUGUACUCGAAUCGCGAACCUCCGCUUGAGGUGCGUAAUGUAGCCGGCCUCAACAAGGGCGACGAUGUGGGCUAUGUUACCUUUGUGCUGUUCCCAAGACACUUUAGCAACGCUGAGGUGAUGGCGAGCACCAUCUCGCGUAUCCAGCUCUUCCGCGACUAUCUACACUACCACAUCAAAUGUUCCAAGGCCUACAUGCACAGCAGGAUGCGUCAUCGCGUCGCCGAGUUUCUCAAAGUGCUCAAUCGCGCCAAGCCCGAGCUGGCCGAGAAGGAGAGGAAGACGGCCAGUGGUAGGACGUUUCGUCGCGCGUAA